UUUAUAAUUUUUUUCAGAGACAUACUAACCAUUGCAUGCAAUGAAUGUGCAAAAUCAGACCACAGUGACCGAAUUUACCCUGACCACUUUCCCUGUACUUCAGAAACUUCAAAUUUCCCUAUUUGUGGUUCUCUUGUUUACUUAUAUGCUUACUCUAACAGGAAAUACGGUCAUCAUUUCCCUAAUAUGGGCUGAUAAUCGCCUCCAAACCCCAAUGUACUUCUUCCUCAGUAAUUUGUCAUUUUUGGACAUUCUGUUCACAACUACCACUGCCCCAAAGUUGCUAGCUUGUCUCUUAGAAGAGAGAAAAACCAUAUCCCUUGCUGGCUGCAUCACUCAAACAUACUUCUAUUUCUUCUUGGGGACAGUGGAGUUCAUCCUCUUGGCUGUCAUGUCCUUUGACCGCUAUGUGGCCAUCUGUAACCCCCUGCGCUACACCAUCAUCAUGAACAGUAGAGUCUGCCUCCUGCUGGUUCUGGGCUGCUGGGUGGGAGCCUUUCUGUCAGUGCUGUGUCCGAUUAUUGUGCUGUCCAGGUUACCUUUCUGCUAUAACGAAAUUCAUCACUUCUUCUGUGACAUUGGCCCUCUGCUACAGGUGGCCUGUAUUGAUACUCAUUUCAUUGAGAUGAUAAAUUUCCUCUUAUCUUCCCUCGUCCUCCUGACAUCACUGGUCUUCACCACUGUGUCCUACACCUACAUCAUUUCUACCAUCUUACGCAUUCCCUCAGCCCAAGGACAGCAAAAGGCCUUUUCCACCUGUGCUUCUCACAUCACCGUUGUCUCCAUUGCCUAUGGAAGCAACAUCUUCAUGUAUGUCAGGCCCAGCCAGAGCCAUCUGCUGGAUGUUGACAAGGCAACUGCUGUCCUUACCACAAUGGUGACCCCUCUUCUGAAUCCCUUCAUUUACAGCUUGAGAAAUCAAAAGGUAAAGGAAGUCUUGAGAGAAGCAAUCAGCAGACUCAGAUCCUCAUUGCACAAAAGAACUUGA